GCAAAUAUGGCCAGUCUAAUAAAUCAACUGGCGGUGCUUCUGACCGUCGUAGCAGUUUCAUCGGCCCAGCAGCUUACAACCGGCCUGGCGAGACCAACAAACUCGAGAAAUUGUAAGUUAUGUCAUAGCAAAACCGACAGACUAGAUAAAUUGUAAGUUAUGUGAUAGCAGGACCGACAGACUAGAGAAAUUGUAAGUUAUGUCAUAGCAAGACCGACAGACUAGAGAAAUUGUAAGUUAUGUCAUAGCAAGACCGACAGACUAGAGAAAUUGUAAGUUAUGUGAUAGCAAUACCGACAAACUAGAGAAAUUGUAAGUUAUGUCAUAGCAAGACCGACAGACUAGAGAAAUUGUAAGUUAUGUCAUAGCAAGACCGACAGACUAGAGAAAUUGUAAGUUAUGUCAUAGCAAGACCGACAAACUAGAGAAAUUGUAAGUUAUGUCAUAGCAAGACCGACAAACUAGAGAAAUUGUAAGUUAUGUGAUAGCAAUACCGACAGACUAGAGAAAUUGUAAGUUAUGUCAUAGCAAGACCGACAAACUAGAGAAAUUGUAAGUUAUGUCAUAGCACGACCGACAGACUAGAGAAAUUGUAAGUUAUGUCAAGGCAAGACCGACAGACUAGAGAAAUUGUAAGUUAUGUCAAGGCAAGACCGACAGACUAGAGAAAUUGUAAGUUAUGUGAUAGCAGGACCGACAGACUAGAGAAAUUGUAAGUUAUGUCAUAGCAAGACCGACAAACUAGAGAAAUUGUAAGUUAUGUCAUAGCAAGACCGACAGACUAGAGAAAUUGUAAGUUAUGUGAUAGCAGGACCGACAGACUAGAGAAAUUGUAAGUUAUGUGAUAGCAAUACCGACAGACUAGAGAAAUUGUAAGUUAUGUCAUAGCAAGACCGACAGACUAGAGAAAUUGUAAGUUAUGUGAUAGCAGGACCGACAGACUAGAGAAAUUGUAAGUUAUGUCAUAGCAAGACCGACAGAUUAGAGAAAUUGUAAGUUAUGUGAUAGCAGGACCGACAGACUAGAGAAAUUGUAAGUUAUGUGAUAGCAGGACCGAUAGACUAGAGAAAAAUUGUAAGUUAUGUGAUAGCAGGACCAACAAACUCGAGAAAUUGUAAGUUAUGUCAUAGCAAGACCGACAGACUAGAGAAAUUGUAAGUUAUGUGAUAGCAGGACCGACAGACUAGAGAAAUUGUAAGUUAUGUCAUAGCAAGACCGACAGACUAGAGAAAUUGUAAGUUAUGUGAUAGCAAGACCGACGGACUAGAGAAAUUGUAAGUUUAUCAUAGCAAGACCAACAAGUUAGAGAUGAAUGGCCGUCCAAAGUGUGUUGAAAUGAUGAAAUUAGGGGCAGUCCAAAAUCUGGUGACAUGACGAUCUUAAGGGCCGUCCAAAAUCUGGUGACAUGAUGAUAUUAAGGGCCGUCCAAACUGUGGUGACAUGAUGACAUUAGGGGGCGUCCAAAAUCUGUUGACCUGUUGACCUUAGGGUAGGGUAUAUGUGUUGAAGUUGUAUUCUAAAUUUUAUAUUUAAAUAAUUCAAUUGAGAAAGAUUAUUCCCACGUAUUUCGUCUAUGGAUUUCAACUGACCGUUUGAGCCGUAUAUGUUUUCCUUUCCAUUUUUCUUUCUCCCAGUCAACUGUCCACAAGAAAACGGUCAGUUUGAGAACAGAGAUGACUGCACCACAUACUGGGAGUGCCAGGGAAACCAGCCGACUCUGAGGGAAUGCCAUCCCCAACUUAUAUUUAACCCCGCCACCGGCUACUGUGAUUGGCCCCUCAACACCGGUAACCCCGGAUGCGCGCGCAACAGCAGAUGUAAGUGUAGCAGCAAGUCACAUGGUGGUAAGGUCUCCCACCAGUGGCGUAACAAAAUCUCGUCCGUACAAAAUGAUGAGAUCUCGUCAGUUAAAUGAGAUCUCGUCAAUUACAGGUCAAGAUCUCGUCGCAGUUACGCGAUGAUGGACUGCCUCAUGAUUAGAUGACUGGAGUGCCUUCUCUAAUUCCAUCUUUCUACGAAGGCAUUUAAAACCAUAUUAGUGAUCUGUCUCUAUCCAAAUGUCUAUCCACUAAUCACCUUCAUAAUUGUUGGACACAAUUUAUUUCAAUAAUUUCAAAUUAAAAAAACCCAGCUAAUCUCGUAAUCCAUUAUCCAUUCACAUCACUUUUUUUAUUCUAGUAAAAUCCAGUCAAAUGUGUCCCCCAAACAGACAUUCUAUUUGUUCCAAUCCAAUGUUUCCUCAGACGCACAGACCAUUUGCCAGGAAAACACUGGGGGCAACCCUGGCGAGGCCUUCCUCCGCCCCCACCCUGGCUUCUGCAACGUCUUCUACACCUGCAGUUCUUUCUUCGUGCACACCCCAUGCACGGUGUGUCCGGCUGGCACUUACUUCCCUGAGGUAAGGAGGACGAUACCUUGAUGGUGGAUGAGUGUCGAAUUUCAGUUGCAUUGUUUGAUGGAUGAGUGUCGAAUUUCAGUUGCAUUGUUUGAUGGAUGAGUGUCGAAUUUCAGUUGCAUUGUUUGAUGGAUGAGUGUCGAAUUUCAGUUGCAUUGUUUGAUGGAGGAGUGUCGAAUUUCUCUUGCAUUGUUUGAUGGAUGAGUGUCGAAUUUCAGUUAUAAUGUUUGAUGGAUGAAUGUUAAAUUUCAGUUACAAAAUGUUUGAUGGAUGAUUGUCGAAUUUCAGUUGCAUUGUUUGAUGGAUGAAUUUAAUUAAGUAUUUCCAAAAAUAGAGAAAUCAAUAACGUACAGUUCAAAGGUUCAUCCGAAACGCGAUUUUGACCUAGGGAUGUAUUUUUGUAAAGCCGCAAACAUAAUCCUGUGUUCUUUACCUGUCCAGGUAGUCAUGUCAAACUCUUUACCUGUCUAAAUCAUUAUGUCAUGUUCUUUACUUAUAUACGUAGUCAUACCACACUCUUUACCUGUCCAGGUAGUCAUACCACAUUCUUUACCUGUCCAGGUAGUCAUGCCACAUUCUUUACCUGUUCUAGGUAGUGAUACCACAUUCUUUACCUGUUCAGGUAGUCAUACCACAUUCUUGACCUGUCCAGGUAGUCAUACUCCGUUCUUGACCUGUCCAGGAAGUCAUAACACAUUCUUUUUUUCCUGUCUAGGUAUUCUUACCACAUUCUUUACCUGUCUAGGUAUUCUUACCACAUUCUUUACCUGUCUAGGUAUUCUUACCACAUUCUUUACCUGUCUAGGUAUUCUUACCACAUCCUUUACCUGUCUAGGUAUUCUUACCACGAGGUAUUCUUACCACGUUCUUUACCUGCUCUGGGUAGCGAUACACAUCCAUUAUCUGCUCUAGGUGGCCAUACCCCAUUCGUUAUUUACCUGACCAGGUAUUCCUGUCACGCUCAUUACCUGUCUAGAUAGUGCAGUCAUGCCAUAGUUACAGGUUGCCUAGUAGACAUUUCUCGCCACUUACGUGCCUAGCAAAGUCUGUACUUCUCUGUGUCAAAGAACAUUGUCCUGCGCAUUGCUGCUCAGAUUGACAAAAUUGUUCAUAGUUACAAAUAAAUUGAUUUCAGGGAUAACAUGUUCAUUUUAACCCCACAUUAUAUUUCUGAACGUCUGAUUAGCAUCGCCCAGCUUCUAGUCCAGAUUAUGAUUAUCUAGUUCAGAGUAUGAUUAUCUAGUUCAGAUUAUUAUUAUUUAGUUCAGAUUUUGGUUAUAUAGUUCAGAUUAUGAUUAUCUUGUUCAGAUUAUGGUUAUCUAGUUCAGAUUAUGAUUAUGUAGUUCAGAUUACGGUUAUCUAGUACAGCUUAUGAUUAUCUCAUUCAGAUUAUGAUUGUUUAGUUCACAAUAUGAUUAUAUAGUUCAGAUUAUGAUCAUUUAGUUCUGAUUAUGACAUAUUGUUCAGAUUAUGAUCAUUUAGUUCAUAUUAUGAUUCUCUAGUUUAGAUUAGGGUCAUCUCGUUCAGAUUUUGGUUAUCUCGUUCACAUUAUGAUUAUCUAGUUCAGAUUAUGGUUAUCUAGUUCAGGUUAUGAUUAUCCGGCUGUCACGUAUGUCCCCCCACUCUCGUCGCAGGGCGCCACGCAGUGCAUCUCCUACGGUGAGCAGGACGUCAGCAGCCUCUGCUCCCAGGCCGGCAAGCGCUUCGUGGAGGCGGCCGACAGCAUGGUCGUGCGUCUGGAGUGCUGGCCCUUCGGCAACAACUACGCCAACCCCAACCAAGCUUUCGCCGACCAGCUCAAGAGCGGCUUCCGCAACACCGUACGACCCUUUCAGCCGACCUUGCCCAACCGAGGAGGAUAAAGUGGAGGAAGCUCCGCCCCUCCUCUCCCCUCCUCCCCACUCCCUCGCCCUCCUCUGGCCAACCUGACCGCCACUGUCGUUGAAAGAAGACGACACGCAUCAUACGGUAUUUGAUUUCCCCACAAGUGGGGGAGAAAAAAAAAGAGCAUUUAAAAACAAGAAAAAGUUGAGCGCAUAAAUAUAUAUGACGUGUCUCUGACGUGAUUUAUGUCUUGACGUGUCUCUUCCACGUCGUCACAUGGUACGCACCUGGCAAGUCUGGUUAAUAACAUUGUAAUAUUUCUUUUUUGUAAG